CAGCGGCAAGUUUGGGAGUUGCACUAGUUUGCGGGGUGGGGGAGAGGCCGGGAGAGGGGCCAUGGAGGAGGAGCGGGGGUCGGCGCUGGCGGCCGAGUCGGCGCUGGAGAAGAACGUGGCCGAGCUGACCGUCAUGGACGUGUACGACAUCGCGUCGCUGGUGGGCCACGAGUUCGAGCGGGUCAUCGACCAGCACGGCUGCGAGGCCAUCGCGCGCCUCAUGCCCAAGGUCGUGCGCGUCCUGGAGAUCCUGGAGGUGUUGGUCAGCCGCCACCACGUCGCGCCCGAGCUGGACGAGCUGCGCCUCGAGCUGGACCGUCUGCGCUUGGAGAGGAUGGACCGCAUCGAGAAGGAGCGAAAGCACCAGAAGGAGCUGGAGCUGGUGGAGGACGUGUGGCGAGGGGAGGCACAGGAUCUGCUUACCCAGAUAGCCCAGCUGCAAGAGGAAAACAAGCAGCUCCUGACCAACCUCUCCCACAAGGAUGUCAACUUCUCUGAGGAGGAGUUUCAGAAGCACGAAGGCAUGUCAGAGCGGGAGCGGCAGGUGAUGAAGAAGUUGAAGGAGGUGGUGGACAAGCAGCGCGACGAGAUCCGCGCCAAGGACAGGGAGCUCGGCCUGAAAAAUGAGGAUGUCGAGGCUCUGCAACAGCAGCAGACCCGGCUGAUGAAGAUCAACCAUGAUCUUCGGCACCGGGUCACAGUGGUGGAGGCCCAGGGGAAGGCCCUGAUCGAGCAGAAGGUGGAGCUGGAGGCAGAUCUGCAGACCAAGGAACAGGAGAUGGGCAGCCUGCGGGCAGAGCUUGGGAAGCUGCGGGAGAGACUGCAGGGCGAGCUCAGCCAGAAUGGGGAGGAGGAGCCCGAGACAGAGCUGGGCGGAGAAGAGUGUGUCUCAGAUGCGGAGAAGGUGGCCAUGGAUCUCAAGGACCCCAACCGCCCCCGGUUCACGCUGCAGGAGCUGCGUGAUGUGCUGCAUGAGAGGAACGAGCUCAAGUCCAAGGUGUUCUUGUUGCAGGAGGAGCUGGCCUACUAUAAGAGUGAAGAAAUGGAAGAGGAAAACCGAAUACUCCAACCUCCACACAUUGCACACCCGAGAAUGUCCCCCCAGCCAGAGUCUGGGAUCAAGCGACUGUUUAGCUUCUUCUCCCGAGAUAAAAAGCGCCUAGCCAACACCCAGAGAAACGUGCACGUCCAUGAGUCCUUUGGCCAGUGGGCAAACACCCACCGCGACGAUGGUUACACAGAGCAAGGACAAGAAGCCCUGCAGCACCUGUGACCUUGGCUGUCUCUGCCCUUGGCUAUGAACCAUCUACAGCCAGCACCUGCAACCAAACCUGCAGCCCAGGGGUCACUGCCUCAUGCCUCUUGAUGCAGAUGCACCCUCAAAACGGCCCCCUCAAACAAACUGUCUGCUUUGAGGAUGGACCUCGAAAAACUGAAGCCAAACUCUAAAGAAAUGUAUAUUUAUACCCAGGGCUAUCACCGUUUAUAAUAGAUAACUCUGAUCCCUUAGGAUAUAUAUAUUUAAUAAUCCCAUGAACUGAGGCCAGACUUUUGCAUUCAAUAACACAAGCUUCUUGCCGCUAUCAUUGCCGUUUGACUUGCUUUGUAUAAAAUCCUAUGUGUAGAGGUUUUAUUACCAUGUUUGUCAUACUUCUGUGGGAGGCACGAAAGGGAUAGCUUUUUAUUAGUUACAUCAAUGAAAUUAUCAUGGUGGUAGUAUAUUGUUUAGGAUGCAUUGACAGGACAGUCACAGGAUGAGCUGGCCCAACUCAAACACAAAGCAACAGAAAAUACAGAUGACAGCCCUCCCGUGCAGGUUGGAGACAACUUUGUAAGAGCCCACGGUAUCUCUAUUGCCUUGUUCUUGAUAAUGCCUAGAGCAUGUAGCAAUGUUCAAGGCAGUGUGCCUUGGAAUCUGCUGUGAGUUAUGCAGUACUAACCAAACAAAGUGGCUAAUGAUGAGAUGUUGCAACA